AUGGACGCCGCCAGCAUCGUGUCAGCUAUAAGGCGCAUUAAAAAGACCAAGUGGCCCCGACCAUUGCAGUCCGACCCUUCCCAGAGAGAUCCUAACUUGAUGUGCAAGUACCACGACACCCAUGGCCAUAGGACUGUUGACUGCCGACAAUUAAGAGAAGAUGUUGCCCGGUUAUUCAACAACAAGCACCUUUCAGAAUUCUUAAGUGAUCGAGCCAAAAAUCACUUUAGGAAUAGGGAUACCAACAAACAUGUCGACCAAGAGGAGCCUCACCACAUAAUCAACAUGAUCAUCGGAGUAAUAGAUGUCCCCAAAGGGCCAAUAAUUAAACGCACUAAAGUAUCCAUCGCGAGGGAAAAAUUCAAAUAUUAUUUUCUGGAGGGAACCAUUUCGUUCAGUGAUGAGGAUGCCGAGGGCAUCGUGCAACCUCAAAAUGAUGCGCUGGUAGCUCGGUCAACAUCAUUAGAUCGAGGGUCGUAG